AUGUACGACCGCAAGUCGAUGAAGGAGGCGGUGAGCAGACAUGAGCACAAGACAGGCUACGAGCCGAAAUAUAUGAAGGCGAAUCGCGAUCGCUAUAGGACCGAACGUGCAACAGAUGAGAUUUGGAAGGAGAUCAAGGUUACAUAUUACGGCAUGAUCACGCGGCUCGAUGAUCAAUUCGGCAGGAUCUUAAACAAAGUAGACAAACUUGGUCUUUGGAAGGGUACGGUGACUAUGUUCUUUACAGAUCAUGGGGAAUAUCUCGGUGACCAUGGUAUGAUCGAAAAGUGGCCGUCAGGCCUCGGGGAGACGAUUGUUCAUGAGCCACUUAUCAUCGGCGACGCAGGCUUACCAGAGGGCAACACGAUCAGCGCAAUGACAGAAAUGGUCGAUCUUGUGCCUACUGUAUUUGAGCUCUCAGGCAUCCCCGAGACAUUUAUGCAUAACGGCAAAUCAUGGGUCCCGUUGCUCGUCGGAGGUGAGACUAAACAUAAAGACUAUGCCUUUUCUGAAGGUGGUUUCUUGCUCUCAGAAGAGCCCCUGCUUGAACAAGCACCGUAUCCAUACGACAUUAAGACGGCACUCCAGCACGAGGAUACGACGCUUGUGGGAAAAGCAAUCUCUCUUCGUGACGAGGAUUAUUACUAUGUCUACCGACUAUAUGAGCCUGCGGAGCUCUAUGAUCGUCACAAGGAUUUGCCCGAAAUGCAUAACCUCGCAGAGCUACCAGAGUAUGCAGACAUUGUCAGCAAGUACGAGAGGGUGGUGCUGCGCUGGCUCGUUGGCGGCAGUGACUUUAUGCCGUUUCAAGGAGAUCCUCGCUUCCCACCGAUUGAGCUUAAGUCGCCUAAGGAGCAGAUGGAGGAGCGUUUAGCCAAAUUAGGGGAUAAACUAAAGGAAUCAAGCAAAGAGAUCGCGGUGGGAGCGGCUUGA